CAUUCAGGACCGACGUAAAUACGAAGAGAUCCUCUCUCUCUCUCUCUCUCUUUUCAAAGCAGUUCGCCAUUAGAACGGGCUGAAUCGAUCUCUCCCUCUGUCUACAUGGAUUACGAUUACAGGAACCGGGCAGCUCCGUACGACUCCCAUGUGCCCAUGUACAACAGACCAGCGACGGGUCCUACAAGCCACGCUCACGCCGCCUCCUUCUACCCAAGGGUCGGGCAAUCAGGGCAGCCUGUGGGCCCUCCUCCCAUCGGUCGGGCCCCAUCUCUCCACCCUACCUCGUCAUCGUCCUCCUCAGGAUUGGGCAUCAGGGUUGCAAUAAAGCCAGAAUACCGAAUAACUUCUCCUCCUCAGCUGGCCCCACUGGUGGGUGAUAUCCCACGCAGCACAUUUCAGUUUGAUUUUGAUUUUGAGCGAAAGAUUCUGGCCGAGGCAGAGAAAGAGAGCCAGAACUGGAAUAGAAUUGCUGCUGCCAUGGAAAGUCAUUCAUCUAAAACUGCAGAGACAACUUCUUCGUCGGGCUCUGGCACGGAUCCUUUGGUGAGUAAGUAUGUUGCUUCAGGUCUUGGCCGAGAAGCCGUGUCCCUUGCUGUUGCAAACUAUGGUGAUAAUCCAACUAAGGUUCAGGAGUUUGUGCGUGCUUACAAUCUUCUUCGGGAGAUGGGUUUCUCUUCAAAGAAUGUUGCGGAAGUCUUGGCCAUGUAUGAUAAUGACACGGACAAAGCAUUGGCGCAUUUCCUUAACAGCUCAUCGUAAUCAUUUUGAAUGUUUUUCGUUGAGUGGUUUUUGUAUAGUUCUGCGAUGCUUUCCAGACAAUCAGCUUUAUGCAUGUAGAAACAAAACUGUUGAUGUUGGGCUAUUGGAUUGGUAUUAUUAUUGUUUGGGGUGGUAA